AUUAGUUUUUAGCAGCACCCAAUGUCAACGUGGAAGGGAAGUCGCCAAAAAAGAUCAAAGAUGGUUGUCCGAUUCACAUAUCCAAUCCUUUUGUGUACUCUGAUUUUAAUGUAUGGCCGAGUCGAUGCAGCCGACGACUUGCAAGAAAAUGCUUCGUCUUCUUCCAUUCAACCAUUGGCAGAGAAGAAAACCGAAAGCACACAGAUAGGUUUAUUCACCAUGGAUGAACUACUCAGUUUCAGAGCUGGUACAAAGCUCCCCAUCUUCUUCCCCAUCAGAAACCUCUCUCUUUACCCUCCUUUGUUUUUGCCUCAAAACUUGGCCAAAAUCAUCCCUUUCUCGACCAAGGAAGCCGCCGCCGUUUUCCACCUCUUCUCGGUCCCGCCCGUUUCCCGACAAGGCGAGGCCUUUUUGGGUACGUUGUUAACAUGUGAAGAUUCCAUCAAAGGGGAAAACAAAAUCUGCGCGACUUCUUUAGAUUCCAUGGUUGGUUUCGUUGAAAAAGCUUUCGGACCCGGUGUCGGUUUCGAAUUUGUUACCACGACCCACCCGACGAUAACGACUCCGAUGAUCCAAAGCUACACCGUUUUGGAAGCUCCGGUGGAGAUCCGAUCUGGAAAGAUAGUGCCUUGCCAUCCUUUCCCGUAUUUUUACGCGGUUUAUUUCUGCCACAGUGAUCCGAAUUAUGGGACCAAAGCUUUUAAGCUCCGACUUGCGGCGGAGAGUGGUGGGGAUGAGGUGGAGGCUGUUGUGGUUUGUCAUCUCGAUUCUAAGAAUUUGAGCUCCGAUCACAUAGUGUUCCGAAUGCUGGGUAUCGAGAAAGGCGGAUCUUUUUGCCAUGUUUUUCGUCAGGGUGAUCUUGUUUGGAUUCAGAAGACCACCACACCGGUUGCUGCUAUGUAAAUGAAUUUCGUUCUUCUUUGUGUUGUCGGUUUAAUAAUUAUGUUGAAUCUGGAAUACUUUUGUAGGAGGGGUAAGGCCAUUUGUUGAAAUGAUUGUGGAAAUUGAGUUAUGUUCAGAAAA